AUAAUUCGAAUAGCUUUAAUUCAAAUUAUCAAUAUUCGUCUCAACAAGCUACAUCCUCAUUAAAUAAAUAUUUUUUAAAUAAUUAUGAAGAUAACCAAUUAUCAGAAUCUGAAAGUGAAUCUUCGUCUAAUGAUAGUUCAAAAACAUCACAUUCUAAAAAUUUACAAAACAAUAUAUUUGAUUCAACGGCUUCACAGUCAAUUAAUAUUAAAAACACAAUAACAA